CUGAAGACAAGGAUAUUUACGAAAAGUUGGCGCAUUUGGGAAGGAGUUAAGGAAUAAGAACCCUCUCUUAAAGUUCGCUCCCAUACGGAACUAUCUUCAAAGAGGCCGCGUUGUCGGGCUGCUUCGGCAAAAGUGGUGUACUUUAUACCGUUCACAGUUAAUAAUUGGUCGGGGUCCCCAGGGAAAUGUUUAGUAAGAAUAUAAAGGGCAAAUUUUUCCGGGUCUUCGCGGGGGGAAACAGUAUAAAUACGUCCUAAAACAGGCUGACCUUUAACAGUGGAUCUUUUACGGGGUUCCCAAGUUUUAGUAUCAUCAUGGAAGGCAUAAGUUUCGGGGAGAUUUUCAAAUAAAAUAUUUUUAACAUUAUCAUCCUUAGCCCAAAGUUUCCAAUAAGCGGUUAAUUUGGAUUCUGGGUAUUUGCCUUGGCCAACAUCAGCUAUUAUUUGAUUACGGGAAGCGGGGGUCAUGAAAACGGGUUGGUGACCAGGUAAAUGAAUAGACAAUGGGAUUACUGCAUGAGAAAGGUCAGCAUAUUUAUAGGAUUGGAUACGAGAAAAUGCCUCAGCUGGACUCCGAUAAAGCAUCUUGGCAUAUUGGGCGGGUUCAUCGAUAUUAAUGGUGCCUGCAGUACUUUUAAUAUAUGA